AUGGCUUCGUUCAACAAUCCUCAUUCCGAUGUCACACAUACCGUACACCAAGCUCAGGCUCAACCAACAACAUACCCUAAGCAGCAUUUGCUCCGACCUUGGUCCUUUGUUACUCAUCGUGGAUGUGUACAGAAGUUAUUAGAGCUUUGGUCAAUGGACCAGCAGGUUCCGCCAAGCUACCAUCAUGCUAUGCUAUGGCAGACGGCUCCCCCCACCAGAGGUUUACCGAACCGAGGCCCCGCCCGGAAAGCCUACAGCUGCCCGGCUGCAACUAUGUUGGACGAGGCUGAAGUUUGGCCACAAUGGAGCAAGAUCUUACACAAAGGCACACUGUUUCCAGCAUAG